GACGAACUUACUUCGAUACCGGAUGAACCAGUGCCUAGCGAAGACGAUAAUUUCGAGCUGGAAAAUGACAAAUAUCUGGCUAGUCUUGAUGAAGGGAAGAUCAAUGAACUCAAGAUGGAAAUCGCUGAGAAAAUAGACAAAAAUACCAUCGCGUUCUUAAAAGAUCGACACAAGAAGAAGUCGAAGGCAGCAGACUCGAAGCCAAGAGUGUCCAAGUUCAAAGCAUCUCGUGCAACUGCAGUUCCUUUGAAACCACCGUUUGCGGAGGAAUUGAAGGAAUCACAACCAGAAGCCCCACCACCACCCCCUGUUGUGCAGGAUAUGCUUGACCAGCUUGAGGUUUUGGAAGAGUUUGCCGAUCGAAGCGAUCAAGAAAAAUACAAUAGGCUUGCGACUGAUGCCUUCCAACUAGACUUUACUACGAAAUGCUUGCGUAGUGUUGCUCCUCGUCAACAAAAGAAUGCCGUGAAAUUAUUUGACAGUUGCAAAAUAGCUACAACAAGCCGUGCAGACCCUCUCCUGGAACUUGCGCGAUCACGAAUCGACAACAUCAAGGAGCUUUAUCUCGAAGAAGUCGAAGUUUGUGCAGAUGAUACAGAUAUUGUUCGCCUUGCCCUAUUAUGGACCCUUCUAUUGCAUGACGAAAGGCUAACAGCUUUUCUGGCGUUUGCAGAGCCUAAUGACGUUUACGUUCGUUUAGCGGAAGUUUUAUUGAUCGGUCCGGAAGUAUUGGCCGAUGAUGUGAUCGCGUCGUGCUAUUCGCGUAUUCUAAGUGGUUAUGUUCAAAAGGCGGCGAUCGAAGGUCGUCUUUGCCUUCGGAUGGAUAGUCGUGUCGCUGGUCUGGAUGCGUUCAUGCCUUUCUUUGAAGAUCUGUUGGUGCACUAUGAACAGUACUCUUUGGGCGAUGUCAACUUCGCAAAAACGCUGCUAAUUGGAUCAUAUCUGAACUCAGCUAUCGGGGACAGCAUAGAAUACCGUGCUGCUUUAUGGAGCCCGAAGAGGAACACAGUGAGGCAAAUGACGAUCGGAAUGGGCGAUGCGGAGCAAAUAAUGUCGCAAAUCCGCAGCCUUUCGAAAGAACAAGCUUCUUUAUUAGAAGAGCAGCAUUAUGUUCAGUACACUACCUUACUGGGAGAGUACACUGCUGCUGUACGAGAUGAGAAGGAAGCCGACAUGGAUACCGAAAGAGUGAAAGAGUUCGAUGCGCUGGUGGACAUUAUACGUGGCAGUCUUCAAGGAAAACUCAACGUAUGA